UUUUUGAGCUAGAGCAGGUUAAACACGCGCAAGGGAGUGAAAAAUUAGUUGUAAUAUCCCUUUAGUCAUUUCCCGAACCGGAAGCUGGAAUCGGAAGCUAACUUCAGCUUCGUUUUUGACACAAUUGUGAAAAUUGCUGUGAAUCAAAGCCUUUGUUGCAUACUGUGUUUUAUUCUUUGUUUCUUGGUCAUUAAUCUUUUUUGUAUUUAUUUUUGUAAGGUCCAGUGAUACGUCUUGUAUAAUUUGCCACAGUUUGAACUGAUGUUUGUCCUGCAGAGCAAAGCUGAGCAAUGAUUUUCAUUUCCUGUCAACUUGUUUCACAGGUGCCUUCCUUCCUCAUGGCUCAAAUCUUUUUUUAUGGGACCCUGAAGAAGGGGCAGCCCAACCACCGGCACAUAAUAGACAAAAGUAACGGUAAAGCGGAGUUCGUCGCCACGGCCGUCACCACCCAGAAAUACCCACUGGUGAUAGCGAGCAAGUACAACGUCCCUUUCCUUCUCCACCUCCCUGGACUGGGCCAAAGAGUCCWCGGGGAGAUCUACAAAGUGGACGAGCAGAUGCUGCGUUACCUGGACGACUUCGAAUGCGUCCCCACCAGAUACCAGCGCACGCCGGUCGAGCUGGAGGUCAAGGAGGCGGCGGGGGACACGGAUAGUGAGGGACUGUCACCGGGCAGCAUCGUCGAGGCGUUUGUGUACAGCACUACGACUUACCAACCGGACUGGCCUUCACUUCCCACCUACGASAACUACGAUUCACACGGAGCUCACGGCCUCAGAUACGUGUGCAAAGAAGACAGAGACUGACUUCAGUACUGAGGGGGUUUAUUACAUAAGCUUUUUGUUUACCCUCAACAUCUUCAAUCCUUAUGAGACUUUUUUCUGAAGUAGAAUUUAAUCUUUUCUAACUAUGUAUCUUAGCCACAAAUCAUGGUGAAAGCAUUUACAUUUCCAGUUCUUAGUUUCACACUAUUMUCUCCAGCAUUUCCAAGGCCCCUGCCGAAGCAGCGUAGAUUAAAUAGGAGUUCAUUCCAGAGCCUGGGGGCCACAGAGGAGAAGGCACGGUCACCACAAGUCUUAAAGCAAGUGAGGGGAACCAUAAGGAGAUGUUGAUCCUGUGAGCGGAGGUCCCGUCUGGGGUUGUAAGGUGAAAUGAGACAUUUAAUGUAUUCAGGUGCUUGACCAUGAAGAGCUCUGAAAGUGAGGACCAGGAUUUUGAACCGGAUUCUGAAUUGAACCGGGAGCCAGUGAAGUUCU